AUGAAGCGAAACGCACCUAGCGGCGGGUUUGGAGGAGGUUCGGCAAGGAAGAAGGGCAAGAAGAGUUUAUAUGUGGUCAAAGUUGGGAAAACGCCCGGUAUCUACUAUUCCUGGGACGAAUGUAAGGAACAAGUAGACCGAUUCCCAGGCGCAGUUUAUAAAGGAUUCGUAACGGCAGAAGAAGCUCGAGAAUAUAUGGAUGGCUCAGGGGAUACAUCGACCAGAGACCCUGCUGCUGGAAUCCCCCCAGCCAGCGUCGCUAAGGCCAACAACUCUAUGAAAUAUUAUGCUGUCGCAAUUGGUAUUCAGCCGGGCAUCUAUAAUACAUGGGAGGAGACCAGUCAACGCAUCCAAGGCGUAAGUGGAGCAAAACAUAAGAAGUUUAACACGCUGGGAGAGGCGAAGGACUACAUCAGACAAUAUGGAGCACCGGAGACAUGCCAGAGACUUGGUAUAGCACCCGGUCCAGGACAAGCACGGCAGUCACGACAAGAACCAAGGCAAAUACCAGCAGAACAAAUACGAGAAGCAAAGCCAGCGGCAUAUGACCUACAGCAAAAACAGUAUGCAAGCGCAGCAGAAGCAAGGCCUGCAGCACGCCAAUAUCAGCAAACGCAAUAUGCAAGCGCAGCAGAAGCAAGGCCUGCAGCACACCAAUCUCAGCAAACGCAAUAUGCAAGCGCAGCAAGGCCUGCAGCACACCAAUCUCAGCAAACGCAAUAUGCAAGCGCAGCAGAGCAAGUCCAAGCAGAACGUGAAGCGCGGAAAGCACAACAUGAACGGAAAUUAGAGGACGAACGGAAACUACAGCAGGCACAGCAAGAAGAGCGGGAACGUCAAGAAGAGCGUAAACGUCAAGCAGAGCGUCAACGUCAAGCAGAGCGUCAACGUCAAGCAGAGCGUCAACGUCAAGCAGAGCGUCAACGUCAAGCAUAUGCGCACGCAGGAACUGGAGUAGACGGAGAUACGAUCAGGAUCUAUACCGAUGGCAGCAGUCUUGGAAACGGAUCCGCUGACAGCCGGGCUGGUCUUGGUGUCUUCUUUGGCCACGACGAUGAGCGUAACCUCGCUGAGAGACUCCCUGGCCUGCCCCAGACAAACCAGCGAGCUGAACUAAUGGCUAUUCUCAGAGCAAUGGAGAUUGCGCCUCUGACUCAGGGAAUAGAAAUUUGGACUGACAGUCAGUACUCUAUCAAUUGUUCACAGGUGUGGUCUAUCAACUGGGAGAGGAAUAAUUGGAUGUCCUCUAAAAAGAAGCCUGUCGCGAACAAGGACAUCAUACGCGAGAUACGAGCCAAGAUGAAAGAGAGAGAAGCUGCCGGAGCAGUCACAAAGUUCCAAUGGGUUAAAGGGCAUGCAUCAGAUCCAGGCAACCACGAAGCCGAUCGCCUGGCCAACAUGGGAUCCCGAAUGCCAGAAGUCGCCUAA